AACCUCGAUAGUAAUAAAUAUUAAAUAAUCAACUAUGUCCGUUCGCGAAUCUUCUAGAUCGGUUACUGGCCACUACACUUACUCUUCUGUAGUUUAGUACGAUUCUGCUCCUUUUUCUCCAGCCGUGUGUGAAUCAAAUUCAAUAUUCCUUUAAUACGCCUAUAAACGUAUGCCUGCAGUUGGUAUCUUACUAUCUUUGCUGUCUUUACAUGCGAUUUGUAUUGUACAAUCGUAAAACCACUAUUCUGUUUGAUGCGAAUUCGGCCAAGUCUUAUCCGUUUUCAACAUAUUUGACUAUUUGGCGAUCUGAUCAAUUUCGUUUGACUGUGAUUUGUUACCAUGGUGGACUCGGUGCCAGCUAUGUUUGGCUUGUUGGUUAGCGGUAGACUGGUACGAACAGAUUUUGAACGUUUAGAAGAAACAAAAUUCAUGAUAACUAUCAACUCUGCUGAGUCUGUGAAUUACAUUUGUGUGUUUUUGACCGGACUUGUGCCAUUUCCUGAGGGAACAGCUGGUUCAGUGUACUUCAGUUGGCCAGAUGAAAAUGCAAAACCAAAUUGGCAACUAUUAGGUAUUCUGUCUAAUAACAAGCCAUCCGCUAUUUUUAAGCUUUCAAAUCUUAAACAGCAUUUUGAUAUAACAAACCAACCAAUAAAUGCAUUUAGUCAAUUCCCAUCAAUUUCUAUAAAUGCUCAAAUUGGUAUUUCCAUUGAACCUUUAUUAAAUGCUGAAAUGCAAAUAACCAGCAUAGAACCAACACAAAAUUUAUCAACAUUUGUUGAGUUCACGCAAAAAAUGGUACAAAAUUUAUACAAUUAUGUAUCUAGUUAUGCAGUUGACGGUGGUUCACAGCAGACAUCCAUGGUACCACUCUUAUCAGUUCAAAAAUGGUAUGAAAACUUUGAGAGGAAAUUAAAUUUAAACCCAAAUUUUUGGAAAUCCUAGUAUCCAAUUUUUAAUAUAUAUCUAAUUCUUCUUUAUACUUAGUGUAAUAUGAUUUAUUUGAUACUAAAAUGAUAAAUUGGCAUUAUAUAAUAUGUUAUAUAACUAUUUGAUAAGUAAUAUACAGAGACUGUCUAAAUUGUUGUUAAUGAUAGUCUUUAAGUUUAAGCUAUGUGCCUUAAAUUAAUAAUAAGACUUAUGUAAAAUAAUCUAAAAUAUGUAUAAUUUAUAUAUUUUUAGAUACUUAAAUUUCGUUUAAUGAAGGAUUUAUUUUCAUUUUGCUUUUCCUCAAGUUAUUAUGAUUUUAGUACCUGUUAAGAAACAAAAGACCAUUUUCCAUAAAAAAAAAAGUGUUCAUUAUUAAAAAUAAAAUUAUAAUUCUCAUUUUGUACAACUUGCUCUUCUUUAUUUUUU